CCUUUUUCUUUCGCUACUUUAAGGUGUUCGUUCGGUUCAGUGGGUGAACGAAUGAGUAACGUUUGUAUAAGCGUGGACGAUAAGUUGUAAAGUUGUUUGUAAACGUGGGGUAGGUUAGCCGGUGAACAUGGGCCUGAACGAAUUUUGCGACGGAGAGAAGUUUAUUGACCCAACAGCAGCAAACUCAACAAGUCUGAUAUUCAGCAGCUGUUUCCAGCAGUUGGUGUUUGACCUGACACCAUGUCUGUAUCUGUGGAUCUUCUCAUUACCUUACUAUCUUUAUACAAGAAAGAGUAAAGUGUCCUACAUCCCAAGUUCUCCUCUUUUCAAGGCAAAAGCGGGUACUACUUUAAUAUUGUGGGUAUUAGCAUGGACAAAUCUGAUUCGCAGUUUAUGGGAAUGGGGACAAGGGAUGACUGUCCCAUCAGUGGAUCUGGUUGUACCACUCAUUGUGGGCCUAUCCAUGGCAUUGGCGCUUAUCUUCUUACAAUUUGAUCGCAUGAAAGGCAACACAGCCUAA